GUUAUUAAAAACAUUUUGAGGAGGUUUCUUUUGACCAAUUGGCGAGUGCGAGACACAGCGUGAGGUUAGCCGAAAGUGGAACUCUUCACAGAUCAGCCAUGGCGGUGACAAGGAAGCAGGCCCCGGCCCCCGUCAAAAAGACAUCGUCUAAGUCGAAAAAGGAGCCUAAAGACAAAUCGAAGAAUGUCAUGCGAGAUGUCAAGAUCCGAAAACUGUGCCUUAACAUCUGCGUCGGCGAGUCUGGUGACAGGCUGACCCGUGCGGCAAAGGUGUUGGAACAGUUGACAGGUCAGCAGCCAGUCUUCUCGAAGGCGAGGUACACUGUCAGGUCAUUCGGUAUCAGGCGUAACGAAAAGAUUUCAGUCCACUGCACAGUCAGGGGUGCCAAAGCUGAGGAAAUCCUCGAAAGAGGCCUCAAGGUACGAGAAUAUGAAUUGAGAAGAGACAAUUUCUCAGACACAGGAAACUUUGGAUUUGGUAUUCAAGAACACAUCGAUCUUGGUAUCAAAUAUGAUCCCAGCAUUGGUAUCUACGGUUUGGAUUUCUAUGUUGUCCUCGGCCGUCCAGGUUUCAACGUUGCACAUAGACGGAGAAAAACUGGAAAAGUUGGUUUCCAACAUAGGUUAACUAAAGAGGAUGCCAUGAAAUGGUUCCAACAGAAGUAUGAUGGAAUCAUUUUGCCUGGCAAGAAGUAGAUUACUUCUUUACAAUAAAUUUUUAUUUCUUAAACAAAAGUA